AUCUUUAAAAGCCGCUUUCACUUUACCACUUUCUUUAGCUACUCUCUCUCUCUCUCUCUCUCUCUCUCUGAAACAGGAACACUGAGCCAGCCCACGUGACAUAAUUCAUAUGUUUCCAUCUUCUUUUCCUAGAACUUACCAUUUGCUCCUUUCAUACCUCUCUUCUUCUUUUUCUCCUCUUCUUUCACCAACCUUUUUCUCUCUUUCUUUAAAGCACCAACCGCACAAUCCAUGUUUUAAUCUCUUCAUCUCUGUUCAUGGCCUAUCAUCUAAAAGAUUUCUCUGUUUUAAUUUUCUUCUUAAUACUAAUAAUCCCUGUCUCUUGCCAAUUAAACGAAGUUUUCUUUUCUGGGUUUAAAGAUAUUAACAAAGACAACCUAACCCUAACCGGAGGUGCAGAGAUUACCGAAGAUGGCAUUCUUCGUUUAACUAACGAAACAAGUAGGAUAAUGGGUCAUGCUUUUUAUUCUUCUCCUUUUCAGUUCAAGAACUCAACUGUUAAUUCUAAAGUUUUCUCCUUUUCUACAUCUUUCGCUUUCUCAAUAGUUCCUGAGUAUCCAAAGCUUGGUGGCCAUGGCCUCGCUUUCACUAUUUCAACUUCCAAAGAAUUGAAGGCUCUUCCUAGUCAGUAUUUGGGUCUUCUUAAUGCAACUGAUUUAGGUAACUUCACAAAUCAUCUUCUUGCAGUUGAAUUUGACACCGUUCAAGAUUUCGAGUUUCAAGAUAUAAACGACAACCAUGUGGGUAUUGACAUUAACAGCUUGAAAUCUAAUGCGUCUGCUCCUGCUGCUUUUUUUUUUGAAAAUAAUAAUACUUUUUCAAAGCAAGAUUUGAGUCUCAAAGAUGGAAGUCGAAUCCAGGUCUGGAUCGAUUAUGAUUCUGUUCAGAAUCUUUUAAAUGUCACUAUUUCACCCACAUCCAACAAGCCAAGAUUGCCGAUCUUGUCACUUCAUAUAGAUCUGUCACCAAUUUUUCAAGACUAUAUGUACGUUGGUUUUUCUUCCUCAACGGGUUUGCUUGCUAGCUCACAUUAUAUUUUAGGCUGGAGCUUUAAAAUCAAUGGACAAGCUCCAGGUUUGGAUCUUUCUUCAUUACCUUCUCUUCCAACAGUGUCUAAAAAGAAUCACACUUCUUUUAAAAUAGCAGUUUCAGUUCUGUCAGCUUUCCUUUCAAUCACUGCAAUAGCGUUAGCUAUACUUUACUUUAUUACAAAAUUUAGAAAUGCUGAAGUAAUAGAAGAUUGGGAAAUGGAGAUUGGACCGCACAGGUACUCAUAUCAAGAACUAAAGCAAGCAACAAGUGGGUUUUCCGACAAACAGUUACUUGGACAGGGUGGUUUUGGUAAAGUUUAUAAAGGUACAUUACCAGAUUCAAAGAUUGAAGUUGCUGUCAAGCGAAUUUCUAAUGAUUCUAAUCAAGGUCUACAAGAGUUUGUUUCAGAAAUCGGUAGUGUUGGUCGACUUCGUCAUAGAAACUUGGUUCAGUUGCUGGGUUGGUGCAGGCGAAAAGACGAUUUCCUGCUUGUCUACGAUUUUAUGUCUAACGGCAGUUUAGACAAGUUCAUUUUUGAUCAAGCAGAGACAGUAUUAAAUUGGGAACAAAGGUUCAAGAUUAUAAAGGAUGUUGCUUCUGGACUUCUUUAUUUGCAUGAAGGAUACGAACAAGUGGUUAUACAUAGAGAUGUUAAGGCAUCUAAUGUUCUAUUAGAUACUGAAUUAAAUGGUAAGCUUGGUGACUUUGGGCUUGCAAGAUUAUAUGAACAUGGUUCGAACCCAAGCACGACGAGGGUGGUGGGUACAUUAGGUUAUCUAGCACCAGAAUUACCUAGAACAGGAAAAGCUACCACAGGUUCAGAUGUGUAUGCAUUUGGGGCACUUCUGCUUGAAGUGGCUUGUGGGCGCAGGCCGGUGGAACCAAAGGCGUUGCCGGAGGAAAUGGUGUUGGUGGAUUGGGUAUGGGAAAGGUUUAAAGAAGGGAGAAUUCUUGAGGUGGUGGAUAAUAGGCUAAAUGGGGAAUAUAAUGAGAGUGAAAUUGUAAUGGUGAUAAAAUUGGGAAUAAUGUGUUCAAAUAAUGUGGCAAUGGCGAGGCCAAGUAUGAGACAAGUGGUAAGGUAUUUGGAUGGAGAGAUUAGCGUGCCUGAAAAUUUGAUGGCUCCUCAUGGUGUUCCAUAUGAUGGAGGGAAAGCCAUUGUUGAAGGGUUAGAUGAUAUUGUGAAUUCAUUAGCUUCUUCUUCUUUUGAUAAAAUGUCUGCUUCUUCGUUUAUGGAAAAUGGGAAUGGUGGUUCUAGUUUUGCUGCACUUUCUACUUCACCACUUUCUCUUCUCCAUGUUGGAGAGGAAGCUAGGUAGUGCCAUUGAUUUAGAGGUGACAAUUUUUCUUCUUCCACUUACCUUUUUUUUUUUUUUUU